UACUUGGCCAGUUGAAAUACGCAGCUUGGGGCGAACGGUUCUAGCGCGCGCUUCUUUUUUAGAGCUCACAGCUAGCAACAGCUACAGAUACUAAAACUACUAACAGAUAGAACCCACAGAGAGAGAAACACACAGCAGCCGUCGUCAAUUGUCGCGUCGUCAAGCGUUCUAAAACUCGGAGAGUGUUGUGUGAAUAGACAAAUAAAAAAUACAAAAAAAAUAAAAGCCCACAAUAGAUUUAAACAAAUUAUUAAACGAGCAAAACAAAAACAAACAAAAAAAACUAAUAGUAUAUAGAAUUAUAUACACAUUGAUUGAUUGUGGGCGUUAUAGCCAAGCAGUAUAUUGAAUCAGCAGUUGGACAACUUCAGUGCCUAACAUUAACAUCAAGGAAAACGAACAACUUUCAUCUUGGAUAUUUGAAAAUUGCGCAUACGACGCGUUGCACAUUGCAAAAAAAAAAAGAACAGAACGAACACCCACACUAAAAAUGAUUUCACGCCGCAAGAUUAUAUCGCGUUCCUUGGACAAUUUGGAUGCCAUUGGACAAGACGAGCAGGAGGAAGAUGUUUGGCAUGAUCGCGAAAAGUUAUUUCGCGAUCACAUCAAUGAAGUGCUGGCCAAGUGGGAGCAAAUCGAUGAUGAGAUUUGGGCCAAGAUAAUCGUUUUCGAGAAGAAUCGACGUGUGGCCAAGGCAUAUGCCCGCUCCUCUGUGAUAACCAUAAAUGGUUCCAAGCAUGGCUUCGAUGGCGUACGAAUCGGUCUUAACGGCUUUGAGAAUCCCAUGCGUGAUGCUGAAACAAAGGUCAUCAAGAAGUCGAUUGGCGAUGGUUUCAAAAUCAAAAUGGACGACACUGGCAACAUAUUCAUCAAGCGUUAUGGCAAGAGCAGCAUCUAUGUGAACAACACCUCGUUUGCCAACGAGGAGACGGUCAUCGGUGCUGACAUCAUGCAAAUGCCGCAAAUGUCACUUUCCGCUGGCGCCUCAUCCAAACUGUUUGAUAUGAAGAAGUUCCAGACGAACAUAAACCGUGAAUUUGCACGUAACUAUCCGGAACGCUGCCGCUUGGAGCGUCAGUGUCUGUCGGCUGUGUCGCUGGUCAAGUCAAACAAUAAUCUAAUCAAUACACCGCUGUGGAUAAUGGUGGUCAACGUGGUUGCCAUGGAUAUGCUAAAGAAUCGCUUACAAACGCUGCCCAAAUCGCUGGAUGCGCUGGGAAUGCGUGUGCCACUUACACAUUCCAGCGAGGAUCCGUACUCCACCAUUGAGAGCCAAGUGGGUCUCAUUUAUCCCACACCGGCUGCUUCGGAUGAUUCGCAAAACUCGAGUAAUUCCAGCAAGGGCAGACGCAGUGUCUUCAGUGCUGCCUUCCUUAACGAAAGUCCCUAUGUGCCAAAGCCGGACUAUGAGGCAGCCGCAUCCAUGGCACCCGUCUAUGCGGAAAAGAAGCGACAGAAGAACACGCAACAGCGCAAGAAGCAGGAUGAUCCUUACUAUUGUGGUCUGCUGGCACGCAUACCCAACUUUAUUAAGUCAUCAAAGCAGCAAUCCUCCAGCAAGCCCAAAAAGGAGCCCAAGAUCUCUCGCAAGAUCUCGGCGCAACAUCAUCAGUUCAUAUUGGCCGCUCAGCAGCAGCAGCAGCAGCAGCUACCGCAGACAGCGGCGCCAAUACCAAUAGCCACCUUCCAUCACUCGUACUUCCCGUAUAAACUUUAUCCGCCACAGCAUCGACUUUCGCAGUCGCAGCUUUCGCUCUGGGAUGCGCGCAGUCUAAUCAGCGCCCAUGAAUGAGUAAUACGAGCUGGCCCUAAUUUAUUCAUCGCCUAGCAUUAUCUUACAAGUAUUUAGUCAAAGUCUACGUAUUACAUUUGGUCAGUGGAGUGCAUUUCGCUCACUUUUGUGAUAAAAUUCGCGAAAUGCAGCCAUUUAUAACAGCAUACUUUUGGGCGUAUUAAUAUAAAUACGCAUUAACAAUAAUACUAAUUUACUACAGUUUAAUGGUUAGACACCUGAGAAGAGAUUUAAUGAUUAUGCAAUUUGUAAUAAUUAAUUAAAAUUUUGCCAUAGUUUUUAAAUCGUUUAAGACUGAGAACGUCCUAGAGUCGAGUUGUGCACAAUAAUAAGCGAUAAUAAGCACACUUAUAUAGCAAACACAUAAAUAAAAGUGUGAGAAUUGUCAUAAGCAAUUGUUUGCUACUUUAGGCAA